AUGAGGAGGAAAUCCGUGCAGUAUGGUGACCUCGAUCUGAACAAGAUGAUCAGUACCCUGAUACAGGUGAAGCCGUGGCAGAAGAGUAUUGACGUGAACGAGAGUGAGAUCCGUAUGAUAUGCGCUCUUGCUCGACAGAUUUUCAUUCAUCAACCGAUGCUUCUGGAACUGGAACCACCGUUAAAAAUCGCAGGUGACAUUCAUGGUCAGUACAAUGAUUUGCUGCGGUUGUUCACUCUAGCCGGUUUUCCUCCCGAAUCAAACUAUCUCUUCCUAGGCGAUUAUGUCGACCGCGGCCAGAAAAGCAUUGAGACAAUCGUGCUUCUAUUAUGCUACAAAAUCAAAUAUCCCAACAAUUUCUUCCUCUUACGUGGUAAUCACGAAGUGACGAAUCUGAAUCGAAUCUACGGAUUUUAUGACGAAUGUGAGUUGUCAUUAGGCAAACGUCGUUACAGUAUCAAGUUGUGGAAGACGUUCCAGGACGUGUUCAACUGUAUGCCUGUGGCCGCGCUGAUCGACAACAAGAUCUUUUGUUGUCACGGCGGCCUCUCGCCAACGCUGCGCUCACUGGAUCAGUUGAAACGGAUAUCCCGACCAUGUGAUGUUCAGGAAACAGUUAUAGCGGUUUUUUGGUCUUCAGGUCUUCUAUGUGACAUUCUGUGGUCUGAUCCAGACUCAUCUGUCGUCGGUUGGGCACCAAACGAGCGAGGCGUGUCAUAUGUGUUUGGUGUGGACGUGCUAGCGCAAUUUCUACAGAAAAUGGAUCUUGACAUUGUAGUCAGAGGCCAUCAGGUGGUCGAAGACGGCUACGAGUUUUUUGGACGCCGAGGUCUGGUCACUGUGUUCUCAGCUCCGAACUACUGUGGCGAGUUCGACAACGCCGGCGCCGUAAUGAACGUCGACGAGAACCUGCUGUGUUCCUUCCAGGUGAGCUAUCAUCACAAAGCAGACGUCCUCUGCAUUCUCGUACCAACCUUCUCUUUUGGUUUUUGA